AUGAGUGACGCCAGUAGUGAAGAGGCUCGGGAGCGACUUCUGUUUGAGAGCCUCUUGGAACUGUCGGGCGAGCACAGUGUGAUACACCACAAACCCCUUCAGCCAGUAGUAAUGCAGCCCGUCGAGUCCCGGACUUUUCCAGUUCGGGGCCCUACGGACCGCCUCGGCUACGUCAUCCAGCGUUAUAAUGACGGGUCAUCUGCUGCGGGCUGGUGGGUCCAUGGGCGUUAUACUCGCUCAAUGACUCGCCACAACUUCCGUCCAAGAGCCCUCGCUGUGGUUUACGGGCUCUGA